UAAAUUAUCCAUACGGACGACUAAAUAUUAUAUUAACCCAGUCCUCCUCCCAUUCCCAAACGCUGCACAGUAGUACAGUACACAGCAAUGGCAUUCGAUUCCCAUUCCCAUUCCAACUAUUUGUAUUCGUUGUGGUCUCAAUCCGAUCAAACUUCGCUGACCUUCAUCUCUGCCAUUUUCCUCGUCUUUCUGUACCUCUGGCUGGUCAGAAAAUCUAACAACCCGUACCCGCCUCUGCCACCUGGGCCGCGGGCCCUGCCCUUGGUCGGGAACCUCCUCUCCCUCGACCCAGAACUCCACUCCUACUUCAUGGGCCUGGCCCAAUCCCACGGCCCAAUCUUCAAACUCCGCCUCGGCAACAUCGUCGGCGUUGUGGUUACCUCCCCUUCCUCCGCUCGCGAGAUUCUCAGGGACCAUGACGCCACCUUCGCCAACCGCGACGUCCCUGUCGCGGCUCGGGCCGCGACGUACGGGGGAAUCGACAUCGCGUGGACUUCGUACGGACCGGAAUGGCGGAUGUUGAGGAAAGUCUGCAUGCUGAAAAUGCUCAGCAACACCGCUCUCGACACGGUGUAUGCGCUCCGGAGGAAACAGCUCCGACAGACUGUCAGGUAUUUCUACAAUCGGAUCGGGUCGCGGGUCAACGUGGGGGAGCAGAUGUUCCUGAACGCGCUGAAUGUUAUUACGAACAUGCUGUGGGGCAGAACCGUGGAGGAGGACGUGAGGGCGGGGCCCGGGGCGGAGUUUCGAGAAGUGGUGUUGGAGAUGACGAAGCUUAUAGGGAAGCCGAAUGUUUCAGACUUUUAUCCGGGUUUGGCCCCGUUUGAUUUACAGGGGUUGGUGAAACAGGUUAGCAGGUUGGCCUGGAGGAUUGAUGGGAUAUUUGAGAAGAUAAUAGAUCAACGGCUGGCGCUUGACAAGGAAGGAGAGAAGGAGGAGAGCAAUAAGGAUUUUUUAACGUUUUUGUUGAAGUUUAAGGAGGAGGGAGGAGAUUCCAAGACGCCUUUCACCAUGUCUCAUCUCAAAGCUUUGCUUAUGGAUAUGGUUGUGGGUGGGACUGACAAUUCCUCCAACACAAUUGAGUUUGCACUGGCUGAAAUCAUGAACAAGCCAGAGAUGAUGGAAAAAGCCCGGAAAGAGUUAGAAGAUGUAGUUGGCAAACACAACAUUGUAGAAGAGUCCCACAUCGACAAAUUGCCAUACUUACAAGCUGUGAUGAAAGAAACUUUGCGCUUGCACCCAUCAGUGCCUUUGUUAAUCCCUCAUUGCCCAAGUGAAAAUUGCAUUGUGGGAGGCUACACCAUUCCCAAGGGAUCUCGGAUUUUUGUCAACGUUUGGGCUAUACACAGAGACCCUUCGAUUUGGGAAAACCCAUUGGAGUUCAAGCCGGAGAGGUUCUUGGAUAGCAAAUGGGACUACAGUGGGAAAAACUUCAACUAUUUUCCAUUUGGGUCAGGUAGAAGAAUGUGUGCUGGGAUUGCAAUGGCUGAGAGGAUGGUGAUGCAGUCACUUGCUACACUUUUGCAUUCUUUUGACUGGAAAUUGCCAGAGGGAGAGAAGUUGGAUCUUUCUGAGAAAUUUGGGAUUGUGUUGAAGAAGAAGAUUCCUUUGGUUGCCAUCCCAACUCCAAGGGACUAAGUUAAAUGAGACUAAAGGGAACACGCGUGGAAAAACUCUCUCGUUGGCGAGGCCUAUCAAGAACCAGGGGGUUUGCGAUGACUAACUGCCUCACGUCUCUCUCUGCUAUAUGUUUUCACAAACCCAGCCAUCAUCGUUCCCCCUUUGCCAAUUAUCUCUCCCUCUCCUCCUCUUUCUCCUAUUUUUCUUUUUUUUUUGCUCCGCCGAGAUUUGAUUCUCCUUAAUCUGAUCUGGCUGGCGCCCAAUAAUCCCAUUCAAUGAGUUCGUUCACCCCACAAAGGCCACCUGGAUUUUAACGUCUCGAAAAUCGCCCUAUCAGAUCUUUCGUACCCGGAUCCAAACCUCUCAAAAGUCGAGUUUCUCUUCCUCCUCUUUGCCAACUACCUCCAGUCACUUAAGGUCUCCAUGGACGUCAAAUUGGCAAUGUACAACUCGAAGGUGAAAUUCAAAUCAGUUUGGUAUGUGCAGAGGUUGUGGUUUAUGUUUUUUGUAAAGAAGGAGACAGAGAAGGUAAUACGGCAACGUUUUGUAGGAUAGUGGCAAAUUACGAAGUCUAGUUCCAUUGCAAAAUGGAAUAAAAAAAUUGGGACUAAAAUAUUUUAGUCCGAGACUUAGUCCAGCACUGCACGAAACACUUCACUAUUUUUAUCCUGCUUAGUCUAGGCUAAUCCAGUCUAGCUUAAUCUCUAAAGCUAAUCCAGUCUGAAAUAGCUAGGUGUAACAAACGUCCUAAUCCUUACCUAAUCCCUAUAAAGAGUGAGCCUGGUUUGCUUAUUUUGAACAAUAGUUGUAAUAUAAAAAAAAUUGAAGCAUGUGCUGGUUAUAUAAUUAUGGUUGCCAACAUGAUGCAAUUUGACUGCUUGUGGCCUGCUAGAUUACUAUUUCAUUUUUGGUUAUUUGUUUUCAAUUUUGCGUUAAGUGAAAAUGUUUGACAGGUCAUUUUAAGUAUUGAACAUUUACUUUCUCAGUUCCCCUUUAAAGGCUUGUUUGUGUGUGGUAAUCUUAAGUGUAUAUUUGCUUAGCGUGAUUUGAAUUUGAGACAAAGAAGAUGGAUGGAGUGCACAGAUUAGUACAGUA